AUAUGAGACGCCUGUACACAGCGCCCGCCAUCAGUCAUGUGAAGGGUAAGAAGAUGAAAGUGAAAGGAGAAAUUACAGCUCGAUGAGGAGGGAGAUGAGAAGAGGCUGAGAGCAAGGAGAGGAACUGAGGUGAAGGAAGGGUUAAUACUGGAUGCAAAAGGGCCAUCGGUGACAGGAACGCAGUAAGAAGCCGACUGCGAUCCGGACAGGAAACACAAAAUGCUGCCCACGCGCUCCAGACAUGAUGCCCCACAAGGAGGGUUCAACUUCGAGAACUGUCUCAGAAAUAGCGCCAUAGAGGAAAAUGCGUCAUCUCUUGGCCUCCAACCUCCGAAAGCUCGUAAGACAGGGACCACCAUUGCUGGUGUCGUAUAUAAGGACGGCGUUAUCCUAGGAGCGGACAGGAGAGCCACCGACGAUAUGGUGGUUGCAGAUAAAAACUGUGCCAAGAUCCACUACAUCUCAGACAACAUAUAUUGCUGUGGAGCCGGAGUAGCCGCCGAUGCCGAAUACGUCACCCAACUUUUGUCCUCCAAUCUGGCAAUCCACUCUAUGUCCACGGGAAGAUCGCCACGUAUCUGCACUGCAACCCGGAUGCUCAAACAGCUGCUGUACAGAUACCAAGGUCACAUCGGAGCAUCGAUCAUCCUUGGAGGGAUUGAUGUAUGUGGCGCCCAUCUUACAAGUGUCCACCCUCAUGGAUCCACCGACAAAACGCCCUUCACGGCUCUAGGGUCCGGUGCAAGUGCCGCAAUCGCCGUCUUAGAAGAUCGCUUCAAACCCAACAUGGAGCUGGAGGAUGCUAAGCAUCUGGUGACGGAAGCCAUAACAGCGGGCAUACUCUGCGACCUUGGAUCUGGCAGUGGAGUGGAUCUGUGUGUUAUUAAUCGAGAGGGGGCGAAGGUAUUAAGGGGCUACACGCAGACAGAGACCAAGGGGAAAAGGUCAUCUUCAUACCGUUACCGGCGCGGCACCACCGCCAUCCUAGGUGAGGCCGUGGCUUCUUUCGAUCUGGUGGAAGAAACCGUUCAACUAAUGGAGACGGAAUAACCGUCAACACGUGGUGCCAGCCUGCAAAUCAUCCGCUUCACGACUACCAAGAUCCGAA